AUGGUUGAGAAAUACCAUACCGUGCUCGUCGUUGGCGGAGAGGGUGAGAAAUGCAGAAUCGUUGCUGAAGGAUACGGUUUCAAGGACGUCGUAACACCCGAAGCUACCUUUGUUUUCGCUGACAGCAGAGGCUGGGCCGGCCAUCAACAGAUCAUUCUGGACCUGUGCAUGUCCAAGGGCGGUCGCAUUGGCACACGAUCCGAAACCUUUGACGAUGGAUGGACCCCCAGUCUACUUCUCCCACAACCGAUAUUGUUUGGUCUACGUCCCGUGAACAUACACGGAUUGGCAUGGGAGCCCUGCGAGCAUCUUUCAGAGCCCUUUUUCAAAGCAGCAACGGGCAAGGGACUCAAGACAACUGCAUUUGGCAAGCCUCAGCUAGGGACAUUCCAGUUUACCACACGGCUCCUCCGACAUGGCAUCGACUCGGCACCGGAUACUGUUUACUUCGUGGGAGAUACGUUACCCCUGAAUCUGAUAUCCGUGGCACAAACGCGUACAGCCAAUCCAACAAAUGUGAGAAUGGUUGGUAUUCGAUCCUGGUGA